AACUGAAAAAAUCUAAAAUCUUAAAACAAAAAAAAUAUUUUUUUUUGCAGUUUUUGUAGUUCUAUUUUUGGUUCUAGCAGAGAAAAUCUUAACCGAAGCAUAUUGAUGUUCUUAGAAAUCCUAAUAUAAAAUCAACCCACCAAUCCGCAUGACCUAAACCAAUCACGCAACCUCCCUAGCUAGCAACCCUAAUUCCCUUGAGCCCUCUCUCUAGCGCCAAAUCUCCUUCUUCGUCACUAUAAGAAAAUGUUGAAUACAGUCGGAUUUAGUUUUUGAUGUUAACAGCGAAUUUAUCGGUGAAUUUGACAAUAAAUUCGUCGAAUAAAUUAUCCUAAUAAAAAUAUUCGUCGAAUAAAUAUCGCGUUGGUUGCUCUAUCACCGCCAUUUUCGUCUCUCUCGCCACUAUUGCCGCCGCCACUGCUGCACUGAUGUCAUCGGAGCUGCCUCCUACCUUCCUCUAGAUAUAUCGUCCUCCUUUUUUUUAUUAUUUUUUUAAUUUAUUUUAAAAUCUAAUAAUGCAGCCCUGCCGGUUGGUCACUGUCGUCACUACUUCGUUAUUUGUGCUGCCACCACUUCGCCAGAGCCGCCUCCUUCUUUUUUGUGGUUCAACAAUUGCCAUGAUGCAUGGAGACUUAACCGCUGCUAAUAAUCUUCUUCAAGAACACAAGCCAGCCUUCUUUAUUUAUUUGGUGGCUCAAAUUUGCCACAAGAUUGCAAAAGAGGCACCCAGAUCCAACACCUUGAUUACUAUUCUGUUCCACGGUUCAGGUGUGAUUGCAUUUGAAGCACUCUUGUGGCUCAUCGUCGCUGGUCAAUUUCUAGGGUUCUUCAUCAUCAAUGUGCUUAUAUCAUUGCUUACAUUGCUCUGCUACUAUGACUCCAUCUAUGCACUUGUCACCAUGUGUUACGGACAUGGAACAGCAAGUUGAAGAUGGAAAUUAAAGGAAAUCAGGCAAGGCAGCAACACUUUAAUUUGGAGAAUUAUUCCUUUUUCCUCCCAAAUGCACUUUGUCAUUCUAUCAAUUUUAUCUUACUCAAUUACUUGUAGUACUCAAAAAAAAAAAAAAAAGCAGAAAGAA